AUGACCGCCAAUGGCAAUCAGAUACUGCGGAUCAAAGCGACGGGGGUGGAGGGGGUUCAGAUUAGUGGACAGCCGUGGACGAAGAAUCGGUUUAAGCAUGAGAAUGUUACAGCACAUGGAGGGACUAUCGAGCUUGAAUUAGGAGAGAUGGAGGCCUGGGAGACUGGUAGUGUGCCACCUCCCCCGGGACAUAUACCAGUAUAG